ACAUGAUUCAGUCUGGUAGGGUGAGAGAUUGUAAUGAGGCACAGCUGGAUCACUAUCUGUACGUAUUAUCGGUACAUACAUUUCAGUCCUGUAUGGUCAGCUUUUGAAUUGAGGACGACGGGAUGAAGUUUAACAUAAUAGCGGCUAUGUGUACUACAAACAGAGGGAUAGGCUAUGAGAACCGACUGCCCUGGCCCACACUACCAAAUGAAUACAGAUACUUCAUGGAUUUGACUGCAAAGACAUCGUCCCCAGAUAGAAAAUGUGUUAACAUAAGGGGGAGAGUCACGUGGCAGUGUGCCAGCCAGGAAGGAAGAUCACGAGACGUCUUCAACAUAGUCAUCAGUCGCAACCCAAGUGAUGAACUUAGGACUGACAAAUAUAUACACAAAAUAGUCUCUACCCUUGACGAAGCCCUCAAGUAUGUGGAAACAUCCCUUCAAGACCAAGUUGAAACUGUUUGGAUAUUUGGAGGCCAGUACGUCUAUACUGAUGCCGUCUCUCACCCGAGCUGUGAUCGUCUCUACAUCACACUGGUACACGGACACCACACAGCUGAUACCUUCUUCCCGUCGUUUGAAGAUUCGUUCGACGAGGAUCUGUCAACUGACUUGGACAGGAGUUUGCAGAAAGAAAACAAUGUGACCUAUCGAUACAAAGUUUACACUCUUAGUCGGGUGCGAAUGCCCCAGAAAUAGAAUAACGUUUGGGAGGAAACAUUUAAAUGCAAAGUGUACAGAAACAAAUAACAUUUGGGAAGAAAGAUGAAUUUCUCUUUAUUUUAUAAGUUCAUCCCAAUUUUGACUAAAAGAAAUACCUAACUUUAGGGCAUAACGAUUUUUCCCAGUCUCGGAGCAAGAUAUUCUUAAACUCAAAACCCUCAGCGCACGGAGAGCGUAUGAAUAGUGCCUUUGUCGUAGAUGUAUAACAUAUGUAUAUGAAUAUACAAUGGAAUAUAUUGCAAAUAUAAUUAUCAAUUUCCCUGUAGUAACAACUAAUUAAAUUAGGAGUCUAGAUCUGCUGUUGAUAUAUGUCCGUCACUUCCUCGGGGCUUUCAGUUGACCAUUAACAUUUACCAAUUUAAGAAGUCAAAUUGGAUUUUGCCUGAAUAUGGAUGUCAAAAUGUAUGCAAUAUGGACAGGUCCUUUUAAGCACAAAAUUCAAAACUAACUAUGGAGAGUCAAAACACACUCUCAAUGGUCUACUGAAAACCCGGACUAACAAUCAAUCGAAAUAGAGUAUUUAUCAAGGCGAGAGCUACUCGUGGUGUUUUAGUUACUAAAAUAUAUAAACCUAUAUAUCAGUUAUGAUUGCAUUACUAUGCGUAUUAAGUAUUGUGUUAAACCGAGGGUAACAACUGACCGGUAUCAUAUUCGUUUUCAUUUACAGUCUUAUUUGCAGAAUACAUUUCCCCAUACACGGAGUUGUAGAGAUUUCCUAGCAGCAGAUCGUUGUCUAUAAAAUAUCCCAACCCGUUUAUAUCGUCCAUGGUUUUUGAUUCAACUUCAGUUACAACAAUACCGACUCCACGUUAUUUAGAUCAUUCCUCGAGUGUUGAUAUUAUGUAAGCAAUGCUAUGUUUGGCUGAACCCCAUAAUUAUAAAGGAAAUGUAUGUGUUGCGCUGAAAACAAUAGGCGAGACACGAAAGGAAAAUUGAAAGCAGCAUCACCAGCUUUUGGUGAAACGAAUAGUAGAUAUAGAGGAAAUAAACUCAAAUAAUUAAGAGAUAAAAUAAGUUUUUGAUCAAAACGAAAAGAGCAAAUGCGUUUCAAUUGAAAACAGCAACAACAAUCCAAUACUACAUAUACAUUUUAUUUUGUAAUAUACAUCUGUUUAUCCUAAGAUAAACCAAAUCUAUUUAAGUAAGUAGUCACUAAGUAUGUGAUUAACACCAUCAGACCAGGAGUUACAUUCGUUCACGUUUUCCUCAAUUUCCCAAAGUCGCAUCAAAUAACAGUCGCAUUACUGGAGCUCGCCAAUUAAUGAAGGACCCCCAUACCACUGGCAUAGACUGUACACUGGGGUUAGACACUGCUUUUCCUGCAUCACUCUCCUAGCUUUGAUAAAUCAUUUAUGCUAAGAUCUUAAGGGACUUUAAUGAAAAAUAAUAAAAGCAAACUGUACUCAACAACAGUGUUCUGGGUGUCAAAUUUCUGGCUGACGAGCAAGGACUCGAACCCUGUAUCCCACAUCGCAACACUAUUCUGCUAACCAUUGUGCUACCUGGUCAUCGGAAGUUUCUUCUUGGGCCAAUUGUGCUACAGACAUAUCCCAAACGACAUCAAGGUGAUAGGGGGAGGGGUUACUGUAUAUAAACCAACAGUAGAAUCUCUAGUGUUCUGCCUGCAGUGGUACAGAGGUCCAUUAGAGUAGUAUUAAGUGAAUUGCCUAUAGUGUGUUAAUUAGUGUAACAUGACCUGCCUUUUUAAAACAGUCCACACUAAAUCUGAAGUCAAUAAGCGGUAAUUUGAUUGAUUUAGAGAUAUUGUUAAUGUGUACAUUGUACAGGAUUGAAUAAACUGUAAUGCUCUGGUCAUUACACAAUAUAGAAUUCUCAAAAGGGAGACAACUCCAACAAAAAUCAGGUAUGUGCAGAGAUUCCUUAGUGAAGUUGUAUCACUCCUUCCGACUCCCUUCAUAUUAAACAAUAGUUUUACAAAUAAACCGGCCUUUUUUGUUACAAAUAAACCGGCCUUUUUUGUUAAAUUCAAAAAGAAAUUGUGAAAUCUGUAUUGACCAAAUCUAUUUUCAUGAGAACAAUUAACUCUGGUCUUUAGGAUCACAUAGUCUAUGGAAUUUUGAUAUAGGAUCAAUAUGAACUCAGAUAGCCUUUUUAAAAGGAUUUUCUUUACAUAGAUCUUCGCUAAAAUUCUGUAAAAAGGGUAAGGGAAAUGCACAGCCAGCCUGAGAUUCAAACCCAGGACCCUCAGGGCUACCUAGUCGCUGACAUUCGACUCGGUCCAUUUUUUAUUCACAUUGUAUCGUUUCAGUUUUUAAAAUUCCUAAUUAAAUUUCAAUUUUUAUUAUAACACUACACAUUUCUCUGCAUCUGUAACUGAAUACAUUUCAGACUGAAUUAAAUUCCAUGCGAAAAAGACAUCAAAUAAACACCUAUAUAAAAAUAGCAAACCAACAAUGAACAAAAUCUGACAUGUGUACAACAAUACUUAACAAACAGUAUGUUCCAACAUCUCUUAAGUAAACUUACUUUUACAAAACAAGAUUUUGUCUGUGUUGCUUUCUUAAACGUCAGUUUUCAAACCCUUAUUGAAAACAUUUCUGUUCGCAUUUAUUAAAAUCAAACUUAACUUCAACUACAAUUCUUUCAUAUCUCAAGAAUAAUUCAUAAACAAUUAGCCAGUGUUAAGCUGAAUUCAAAAAAAAAAUGAUGAUUUUGGGGACAGAUUUUUGAUGGUUCCUAACUAUUGGGGACAGUAUGUUGAUGUUUCCUCACUAAUAGGGACAUCUUGUACAUGGUUACUUACUUUUAGGUCAAGAUGGUUUACAGUUCUUAAUUUAGGAAAAUAUUUUAAGGACAGUAAAAAUGUCUAAAAGGCAUUAAAGUACCUUGAGUCAAUCAAUUAGGGAUGGGGCUCCUACCCGUCUCUUCCAAACCUCAAGAAUCUGUGUUAAAGGCAAUUCAACCAGACUAGUUAAGGCAGAAAUCGCUCAUACUCUUCAAAUCUCACCAUACACAGAUUGAGGGAAUUAAUUUGUAAAAAAUUGAUUAUGGUACCAAAUAAGUUAUAAUUUAUUCAUAUUUUGAUAGAAAAAAAA